CGCGCAUCCACAACUCCACAAGCCCUCUGUCAGCUGCCCACCAGGCCAUCACCACCUCCACCACUACACCAGCUCAUUGGCAUCACCACAACACCUCUGCGGCCGCCGCGACAUUGAUUUCCUCGGCGAUCCGAUCUCCCCCCUCCCUCUACGAGCUAGCCCCUCGCUGGUCCUCGUCGGCGACGAGGGAGAUCUCGCCUAGCCUCGCCGCUCCAUGGCCUGCGAACCUGCGGACGCCGGGAGCAGCAGCGUGAAGGGUUCCUCCCUGGCGGACGUGUACAAGGGCGAGCUCACGCCGCUGCAGCGGCACGUCGCCUUCUUCGACCGCGACAAGGACGGCGUCAUCUACGCCUCCGAGACAUAUGAAGGGUUCCGCGCGAUCGGGGCCGGCGUCCCGCUCUCCGCCUUCAGCGCCCUCUUCAUCAACGGACUCCUUGGACCCAAGACCAUACCGGAGAACGAGAAGGCUCCAGCGUUCAAGCUCCCCAUUUACGUGAAGAACAUCCAAAAGGGCAAGCACGGGAGCGACUCGGGCGUGUACGAUGCCAACGGAUGGUUCGUUCCUGAAAAGUUUGAGGCGAUCUUCAAGAAGCAUGCCCACACUAGGCCUGAUGCUUUAACAGGCAAAGAGCUGCAGGAGCUGCUAAAAGCAAACAGGGAGCCUAAGGACUUCAAAGGAUGGCUGGGUGGUUUCACGGAGUGGAAGGUGCUCUACUCCCUCUGCAAAGACGAAAAAGGGUUCCUUCACAAGGACACUGUCAGGGCAGUCUAUGAUGGCAGCCUAUUUGAAAGGUUGGAGAAGGACAGGAAGUCUAAGGAGUCUACUAAUAAGAAAUGAUAAGAACAUCAUAAAGCUAGCGUGCGUGAAUUCGUAAAUUAUAUUAUAUUAUGGCUUGUGUGGAUCAGUAAUUUUAUAUCCUAGUUUGUCAAUUCAUCUUUUAUAUAUGUAACAAGAGCCUGUCCUCUCGUCUAAAUAUAUUGAAAGUAUUUUGUGAAA